AUGAUCACGAACAAUAAUAUUGCAGAGCAAAGACAUUAUAUUCAAAAGCAGCGAAGAGCUUUUGUUAGAGACGACAUAUUGGAUCAAGGUUAUAAAAAUGCAGAAACUAGUUUGGCAAAUGAUACCAAUUCUGUGGACAGAACAGAAGUACCUGAAGAACAAGAAUCACCUAGACAGAAGAAAAGAAAAAGUUUCUCUGGUGUAACAAGAGAGGGACAUAGUAGACAGAGGAGACAUCAACGGGAAAAAUUGUUAGUUUAUUGGAGAUCAAUUCUUCACUUUUCAAACGCAUUAGAACACUUGUCAUCAACUUCCUGUCGCGUCAACAAGUUGAAUUUAUCAAUCACUAUCACAAAAAUCAUCGAUAGCACCAUUAUGCAUACAACUUUUAAAGAAGUCAGCAUCCCUGUUCCAGAAAAAAGCGGUGGAGCUAUUGCAGAUUAUAUAUCAGUAGUCAUGUCAUUAAUGAGAACCAUAGUGAAGAACAUUGACAUUAUUGAAACCAUUCUCCAAAUCAUCCAUGAAGAUAAUUUGAAUUUCCUGGCUCCAAAUGUCUCACUUGUAUAUGAAUCUGAUUCAGAUAGCAGCACUGACAGUACCAUAUCGACAUCUUCAAAUUCGAGAGAAGAAGCAAGAAUUUAG